GACUUCAUCAUUGGAGACUCUCGGCCUUGUAUAAAGAAGAUUGCAAGAUGCCUGAACGGGAUUCAGAAGUGUUUUCCAACCCUCUUCCGCCAACAGACUUCAGAAUAGACGAUGAGGAUGAUGAAGGCCAUCCUCUUACAAAUGACGAUUUUAGGAAAAUGCUCAUGACCCCUAGAGCUCCUACGGGGUCAGUGCAACACAGCAGCAGCAGUAGCAGUAGCAGCACUAGCGCAAGAUUACCUAAAAUUCCAAUACCAGCUAGACCAGAAGAAGAUGAUGAUGAUCCAGCUACAAAAAGACGGAAGAAGAAAAGUUACUAUGCAAAGCUCAAGCGAUUGGAAGAAGAACGUCAGAAGGAACUGGAGGAAAAAUACAGAGAUAGGGCAAGAGAGAGACGUGAUGGUCUUAAUCGGGACUACGCAGAGACAGAAAUUAUCAGUACCACAGCAGAUUACCGAGCAGUGGCACCAGAUGCAAAAGCUGGAGAGAACUAUGCUGAAAGAAGGAAACAGUUGAUCCAGGAGUCUAAAUAUCUAGGAGGUGACAUGGAACAUACCCAUUUGGUGAAAGGCUUGGAUUUUGCCCUGCUGGAAAAGGUGAGGGCAGAGAUUCACAGCAAGGAGCGAGAGGAUGAGGAAGUAAUGGAGAUGAUUGUGUCCCAGCCUCCCAGUUCACAAGCUUCAGCCCCAGCCCAAAACCAACCCCCUGCUCAGGCCCAAGCGCAAGUCCCAGGCCAAACUACAGGCUCUGUACCAGCUGCCAUGGUACCCCCAGCACCCAAAAAAGAGGAAAAAGAGGAUCCAGAAACCUUAAUACAAUUCAAGACAAAGAUGGGAAGAAAUGUCUACAGAAUAUUGUUUAAGAACAAACUACCAGAGAGGAAUGAAUUGUUUUUGCCACGGCGCAUGGCUUAUGUUGUGGAUCUGGAGGAUGAGUAUGCAGAUUUGGAUGUUCCCACAACAACCAUCAGAAGCAAAGCUGACUGUCCUAGCCUGGAGGCCACAACGACCUUGACCACAAAUGACAUUGUCAUCAACAAGCUUACACAGAUUCUGUCCUACCUCAGACAGGGACGCAGGGAGAGCAAAAAACUCAAAAAGAAGGAGAAAGGGAAGUUGAAAGAUGAAGAAAAACCAAAGGAGAAACUGCCUGGAGCUGAUGAUAAUAUUUAUGCCGAUGCUGGUGACUAUGUGCCAAGUGUGUCAAAGUCCAAGGACCGGAAAGACAGACGAGAUCGUGGACGGGAGGAUGAACGAGAAAGCCGAAGAGAACGUGAAUAUCGUGAUCGGGAUCGAGACAGAGACAGGGAGCGUAACCGUGAUCGUGACCAGGGUAGAGAUCGCGACAGAGACCGACGGGAUCGAGGAGACAGGGGCGAUAGGGACAGAGAACGCGAUAGAGGACGAGACCGAGAGAGGGAGUCACAUCGUGAACGUGAUUCACACAGAGGAGAGAGAGAGGAAAGGAAAAAGAAAUCCUACUUUGAGAAACCAUCUGAAGAGGAUGAGGAAAAAGUCAUUCCCCAACAGACAGCCUCAGAGAUGGUCAAAAGCAUCAACGCCAGUUUCAAGAGUUAUGCUGAGAUUGAAGAGGAGAAAGCAUCUGCGGAGGCAAAGAAGGCCGAGUCAUGGAUGAAGAAAUUAAAGGCCAAAGUUGGUGUCGACAGUUAUGCAGAGUGUUACCCUGGUAUGGAAGAAGCUGCAGAUGCUUUUGGUGACUCGGACGAUGAAGUAGACUAUAGUAAGAUGGACCAGGGAAACAAAAAAGGACCCAUUGGUCGAUGGGACUUUGACACUCAGGAAGAGUAUAGUGAUUACAUGGCUAAUAAGGAAGCCCUUCCCAAGGCAGCUUUCCAAUAUGGAGUCAAAAUGGCAGAUGGUCGAAAAACGAGACGAGCCGGACCCAAGGAUGAGAAGGCCGAGCUAGACAGGCAAUGGCAGAAGAUACAGAACAUCUUACAGAAAAGAAAAACAGGAGAAGCUGGACACGAUGUAGAACACAAGAAGAAAAAACAUUGAAACAGAGUGGCUAUCCAAUGUGUCCAAUUAAAGAGGAAAAUAUACUGUGACAGUUAACAUGUUUCACAUUGUGAUAUAACAAUACAAGAAAAAAAAGAAGACUGACAGGACAGAAGCAUUUAUAUAUAUUGGAAUACAUCAACACUGGAAAAAACUUGACAUGGAGGAUCAUCAGGAAAUCUUCUCAUCUAAAUUUUAAUCAGUAAAUGACAAGAAAUUGAUUUCUCCAUGUGCUUAGAAGGAAAUUUUUCUUGUCCAAAUUGCAUGAAGUACUGUUUCAGAGUUUGUAAAAUCAGAAAUAAAGCAAUAACUGAAAAAUUAAUUUCAGAUAUUGUAUGAGAAUUUGAA